UCACCAUUCUCUACACAAAAACUCUCUCUAACUUUGGGCUUCUCUCGGAAUUUUGGCUAGUUUUUGAAGAAAAUGGAGGAUUAUGUCAACAAUCCCGCAAAUAUGCAUGAUUUUAGUUUAAUGAAUACGAAAGCCUUUGCGAACCUAAAAGGCUCUGGCGGUAACAUAUGGGAAGUCUUUGAAGUUUUAGAUGAUGCCCGACGUGCUAUUUUCAGAAAUACCGUCUUUGGCUAUUUUAUUGAUGUCCCUCGUUUACAAGGGGACGCUUUAUUGUUUCAUAAAAUGUUCCUUCAUCAGAUCCGGCCGGACCCUGUUUUAUCUCCAGAUGGAAUAAAACGUUUAUAUUUUCGAGUAGGCAAUACCAAAAUGGUUUAUGGGCCGGAAGAGUUUUGUUUGAUUACCGGCUUCAAUUUUGGGGAGUAUCCAAAAAACAUUGGGAGAAAAGGGUCGGAAAAAUUAAUAAGCAGUAAAAAAAGAUGUUUACUGCGUGAACGGCUAUUUCCGGACCAUACUAAUAGUUCGGUGAAAAUCGGCGACCUGAAAAGUUUAAUUUUAAAUCAAACAUUCCUAGCACUUGACGACCUUGAUGCAGUUAGAGUAUGUUUGAUAUACAUUUUGUGUGAAGGUUUUUUGGGCAAAGAAGUUAACGAUCGGGUGCCACAAGAUUGGUUUUAUUUGGCUGAGAAUUUGGAUCUCUGGAAUAGCUUCGCUUGGGGUAGCUAUCUAUGGGAUUUUACUUAUGUUAACCUUGAGGAUACGUGGAAUAAGAUACAUCAUUAUUUAUCAUUUCCUGAGCGUGGUCAAACUUUAAAGUAUUCCGUCUCAGGAUUUACGGCUCCAAUUAGGGUAUAAAAAUUUUCUUAUAUUUAAAUUGUUUUAUUGUUAUAUUUUUUAUUUUAAUUUUAACUUUUAUUACUGUUAUUGUACAAAAUUGUAGAUAUAGAUAUAUGAGAUGAUUCCGGCUGUUCGUGCAUGUGGAUUUGCAUUGAGAAAAAAUAAAGACUUGCCUCGGAUGAAAAGAUGGAGCGGAACAAAAAAAUUGAAAUGGGUUGACGUGAACAAGAUUUGGUCAAAGAUGCAGGUUUAAAAAUAUUUCGUUUAUUAUUAAUAAAGUUGAUUAUUAUAGUUUUAUAUGCAUUUUUAAUAUGUUUAAUUUUUUA